AUGGAUAAGGAGGAGCAUAUUGCAGUGGAUCCCACUUUCUACUCUAUGGUUCAUGGCGUGGAACCGGAUGACUUCCAAUCUGAGACUACCCUCUCUCGCCUCGACCAUCGCAAAGGGACGGUUGGAAAAUGGCCGAAGGUCAGUACAUUUCCAGUCGAGGCUUGCUUCAAUGAUAAUAACGUGCAGCAAAGAUAUCAAGCGAUAAAGGAAGAUGACUAUUGGGGUCCUUCCGACGAACAGCAGUUCGAGGCAUUUGAGAUUAGUCACAUAUUGUUCAUCGUGCUGGACUACCACCAACCGAAUCCUCUCUUCCGCGCUCCUAUUGGCGAUUCGCCCAAGCAUAUUCUGGACAUCGGAACUGGCAAAGGAAGCUGGGCCAUUGACGUUGCCGAUCACUUCCCGUCAGGUAAUCGAAUUCUUUAUACAACUCCUUACUCUAUCUUUUUUGGAUUGACACGAAAUAGCGACCGUCCGUGGUGUGGACAUAUUCCCCCUCCUGUGACCUGGAUGCCCCCGAAUUGUCUAUUCGAGGUGGACGAUGUGCUUCGUGAAUGGACAUGGAGAGAGCCGUUUGACUAUAUCCACAUGCGCAUGAUGUAUGGAGCAUUCGAUUCGGAAGGAUGGAGCCAGGUAUAUAAGCAGGCCUACAAUGCCCUUGAACCAGGCGGUUGGAUCGAGCAAGUGGAAAUGGACAUUCGAGUUUAUAGCGACGAUGGCACCUUGAAAAAGGAUAGCGUUCUAGCGGGGUGGGGUGAUCUAUUUCUUAGAUGCUCUGAGCGAGCCGGUCGGUCACUCAGAACCCAGGAAACGAUGCGCGGCCAAAUGGAGAAAGUCGGAUUCGUGGAUGCGCACGAAGAGCUGUACAAGAUCCCUCUAGGCCCCUGGGCUAAGGAUAAACAACUAAAGGAGGCCGGCCAGCUCCAAUAUGCUCACUGGAGUACUGCUCUAGAGGGCUGGGCAAUGUGGCUUCUCACUAAGUUUGGGGAACCGGAGCCGUGGACAAAGGAGGAGGUGCAGGUCUAUCUGGCUCGCGUGCGUGCGGAGCUAAAGGAUCCGCAUGUACAUCGCUAUGGAUAUGGUCGUCGUGUGUGGGCGAGGAAGCCUACUGAGGAGGAAUUGAGAAGACAGGAGAUCAAGCGCGAGCCAUCGCCAUAA